AUGAAGGUUAUCUCUGUUGACGGGCGCAUUCUGCUUGUGAGAAUGAAGAACACCCUGGGUUUCAUCUCUCCAGUGGCAGUGUACGCUCCUACUGCGAGAAGUGGGCUCGAAGAGAAAGAGAUGUUCUACACCAAACUUGACUUGACCGGGGUAUUGGUGGACUUCAAUGCGGUCACUGGCACUGACAGGGAAGGAUACGAGCUGCGCAUCGGUCCCUAUGGCUCUGGUACUAGGAAUAUCAAUAGCUCAUACCUCUUAGACUUUGCAAGAUCUGGGAGGCUGAGGAUUGAGGGUUCGUGGUACCAGAGACGAGAUUUACACCGUUGGACUUGGUACUCCAAUACUGGCGUUGUAGCUAAAGAGAUCGACCAUAUUCCUGUGGAUACUCGCUGGAGGAUUCUUCAGAACUGUAGAGCUUUUAGGAGUGCUGAGUUCUUUGCUACCGACCACAGACUUGUUGUUCAACACUAA